AUGUCCCUAUCAAAAUCCGAAUCAGACAUAAUCCUCAACCGAGCAAACGUCGCCCUAUCCCGCAGCCAAAGACUCGUAUCAUCAUGGCUCCCCGCCCAAACAGACGACGAACUAGCCUCAACAGCAAAAACGGACGAAGAAUUACAGCGAGAAGAGGAUGAGAUAUUUACCGCUCCUCGGAAUCGGCGCCCUCUCCCCGAAAAAGCAGCCGAUGGAAGUUGGAAUCGGAAGGAAUUGAGUUCGAAUGAUAUACUUCGGAAACAACUUCUCGGUCGGAAUUAUGAUAAGGUUAUGAAGGCUAAGGAGGCGGAGGUUAAAGCGCAGAGGGAGAAGAAUGCUGCUGCUGCUGCGGCGCAGGCUACAGGUACAACUUCGGGCUCGGGGCCUGCUGUGGCUGCUGCGGGCGCGGAUGAUGAUGACGAUGAUGAGGAGGAAGGGAGGGCUGCUAUGGUUGGGAAGAGGAGGAAGAUGAAUUCGAAUUCGAAUGCGUCUUCUCGGACAGUGCCUGGAUCGUCAGUCUCGACUUCGACAUCGGCUGAGAAUGGUGCGGCGGGUGCGGAUGGGGAUGCGCAGAGUGCGAAUCAGAGUUCGGGGAAGUCUAAAUCUGCGUCUGGGUCUGCUAGGAGGAAGAAGGCGACGAGUUAUUUGGAUGAGAUUUUGGCUCAGAGGGCUAAUAAGAAGAAGAAGAGGUGA